GAAUAUGUAAUUGUGCGGGAUUUCAUUCAAGCGAACGUGUGUGAGUGCAUUGUAAGCGGAGAACCAAAACUGCAUUUUAUUUGCGAUAAAAGAAUAGUUGACCAGAAAAUACAAUACAACGCGCAGAGCAAGAAGUAUACAAUAUACAAAAUAAAGAUACAUAGAAGUUACGAUCGAAUAUAGUUCAUAUAUACUAAUUAACGCCAAGAUGUCGACAAAGGCUACAACACAGCACACGCGUCGUGCACCACUAUCGCUUUCCGGCGGCGGCAAACAGCAGAGUCAAAAUCAUUAUAGCGGCAAAUCUGCAGACACCAACGGCAGUUCAAAUAAUAGCGCUAGCGCUAAAAAUGACAAUAAACAUUCUGCAAGUCAGAAGACAGAAUCCAGUGUUAACGAUAUUAAAGAGUCGACAUCAAAAGAUUUGAAGAAGCCACAAAAUGGUGACAAAAAGCAACAGCAGCAAUCCGCCAAUAUUGAGACAGUGAAGAAAAAUGAAAAGACUGAUGAGAAGAAAACCCAGAAUGGCAGUGGCAAAGCCUCUAUAAAUGGCGGAGCCAAAGAGAAACAGCAAAAUGGUAGUGAUAAACAGGACAAUAAUAGUAAUGGCACAAACGCCAAGACGGUUGCCACUAACUCAAAUGGUACUGCCAACGCCAAGGCUAAUACAAAGCCCAAUGAAAAAGCUGCACCUCCGAAUGUUAAGGAAGAUACAAAAACUAAGGAGCCAAAACUUGCAGAGUCCGUUGAAAAGAGUGAAAAGGAGUCUGAGAAGGAGAAAGAUAAGGAAAAGGAGAAAAAGAAAGAAAGUGAACCAGAAAAAGUUGUUGAAAAAGAGACUAGAUCUCGACGUCAUGAGCCUAACGUAGCAACAGAGCAGGAAAAGAAACAAGCUGAUAAAAAUGAAGCCAAUAAAGGUGAUGAAACAAAAAUGGAAGUAGCUACACCAACAUCUCGAUCCAGUGCUGGUCAGGCUAAAUCCCGGGCUACACCUACAAAGGGUGUGGAGAAAUCUGGCAGAAGUACUCCCACAAAACCGGUGGAUAAGCCAACUGCUUCGCCACGUAACAAAACCGUCACCACAGUCAUAGAUGAUGUUGAAAUGGAACCACUGGCUGUGGAGAACUCACCAGCAAAGUCCAAAGAGAAUACGUCACCAGUCGUGGUCGUUGCAGCUGCAGCUGCUCCUGUGCUGCAGCCACCAACCGCCACUUCGACUCCCGGCAAAGCAACAACGGCAACACAAAAGACUAAAACACAAACCAUCAAUGCCAAAUCGGAUCAACCGAUAAAUGCACCCAGUUCUGGGAGUUCACCGGAUCGCAAAAGUGUACCACGUACUAUUACACAUAUUGGUGGACGUCGUAGCAUACGUCCACUUAACGAAUACACUCCUUCGAAAUUCCAAAAUAAUUUACAAUUUCGUGAAUCCUAUCGCCGCAUUAACACUGAAUUGGACGUCAGUUCAACCACCAAUAGCAGCAUGAACGUAACAGUUGGCUCAGAGAUACCAAACAACUCAUCUUUUUCAUUUUUCGGACGUGGUCGUAAACGUGACCGCACGCCACCGCGCCAAACGCAAUCUACUAUGGAGUUGCAAACAGAUGCUGACUAUUCGCCACCAAAACGUGCACGCCUCGAUAUGUAUAGUUUGUUUAGCGUAGUUUCUUCUCCCUUAACAAUGUUACGUUCGCGUUUUUCGAGAGCUUCCAUACAAAGCAGCACACCGGUGAAGUUGGCCACUAAACUAGCAACUACAGAUGAGGAUGAAGCUGAUGUACAAAAUGUUUCCGGCAUUUCUAUUGAAGAGGAAAAUGCCACCGACGGCGGUGAAAGUGACGAGAAGACUGCGACCGAAGACGUUACUGUAGGGAAAAAUGCUGACGAUGACACUACAUCCAAAAUGGACUCACCAAUGAAGGUGGACGAAAAGUGUGGUAUGGAGAAAGGCGAUGAAGUGAACGAUGAGCUGGAGGAUGCAUCCAAGUCCUCGAAUGUACAUGAGGUUGCAGCUGGCAUCGCAGACACAUCCGUUUCUUCGGCUAAAAAUAGGAGAUGUCAUAUUAUGUAAAGUGUAUUUGUCGAGAAG